AUAGCAACGAUCAACAUUUCUAAAGCGAUUAAAGUGUCGACGAGCAUGGACAGUUAAUAAUAACGACAGUAACCGUAUGAGUACGCACACACAGUUAAUAAUGACGCUCCACGCACUUUUUCCAGGAGAUAAUUAGCGUUACGAUCGUAACACAGCAGGCGGAGGGUUGUGUCCCGGUGUUAGCCUGUGACAGAUGGCAAAGAUGCUGACUGAAAAGCUCAGUUUGACUUGUGACAGACUCCUGUCACACCGGCAGCUCGCAUGCUGUUACUCUUAUUAUAGCAUACCACAGCACGGCAAGGAAGUGCUCGUUUACAGCACAAAGGACGGACAGCAGAAGCCCCUCGUACUAACUGGUCACCAUGGUGACAUCAGUGCCCUUACUUUUGGAAAAAGAAGCAGUCCUGUUAUCCUCUGCUCUGCCUCUGCUGAUUACGUCAUUGUCUGGGAUAUUGAAUUGUGCCAGAAGAGAACACAGGAGGGUAAAGUUGCAGCUGGAACAGUUAUCGGGACUUUGCUUGGGGAGGUUGUUCAUCUUUCAUUUUGUUUCUCUGAUGCACGAGUGGCUGCAUGCACGGGAGCAACUGCAUGUAUUCUCAGCUCAAAGAGACCAGAAACGAUCCAUACCUUGACGGGCCACCUGGGACCUGUAACAUCAGCAGAGUUCUGCCCCUGGAAUAACGAUAUCCUCGUCACCACAUCAGAAGACCGCACCUUUAGGGUGUGGGAUUUAAAAACUGAAGCUGUUUUCUUCCAGUCGUUUGUGCUUUCAGCUUCUCCACUGCUCACUGCAUACUUCUUGGAAGAGGACAGGCAUCUUAUCACCGGUUCAACUGAUGGACAGGUGUGGUGCUUUUCUCUCAGUGACGACCACAAGUGUCACCUUGUGACCAAAAUGGACCUUGAGAAGAUGGAAAAAAGACAUCAAAUGCACCGAGAGACUGGGAGCCAUCAAGCAGGGUGUGCUUUAAAAUCGUCUGCUGAUAAAGUGGAGACUUCAAAACCUGUUCUCAAAAUGGCUUUAUGUAGGCCUCUAUCAGACAUCAAUGGUGACCAAGAAAAUGACAACAGCUGGUUUUGUAUUGGAAGCUCUGAUGGUCUGUAUGUGGUCGAUGUGGCUACGUCUGAACUGGUAGCAGCACUAUAUUUCAAAGAUUACCCUAAGCUGAGCAUCACCAUGGCUGGCUCAUGGACCAUCUCUCCAGGGUGUGAUAACUCUAUGCUGAUGUUAGUGAGCUCUUUGUUUACCCCAUGUGUGGUCGUGUUGGAGGUGCGUCUAUAUGAUCUAGGAAGGCCCUUGGCUUGUGGCAAAGGAUUUUCAGUGUUCCCAAGUUCUCCUCCGCUGCCCAAUUCUCCCCUCAAUACUGAGCUCAAGAGGAAGGAGCCCAGCCAUCCUAAAAAGAAAGGAGGUGUAAAGGACCAGCCUCUGGUUUUCCAUUGUAAAGUGAAGUCAUCUGGAUAUACUAGUGCCCCGAGGAGGAUCAUGUUUUCACCCAAAACAAAUGUUCAAAAAAAGUCUUCCUCUAGGAAAAAGGCUGAUGGAAAUACAGGUUCCCUCCUUAAAGAUUACCCAGCAGACGGUGUGGCACCGGCUAUCCCGUGUGCUGAUGUGAGCGUGAAGAAGCAUGUCUCAUGCCUUCAGUAUUCAGGUGAUGGAAAACAAAUCCUGUGUGGUCUUGGAGACAGCACACUGUUACUGUACAAGUCCUGCCUUACUGGCGCUCCAGCUGUCUACAUAGGGCAUGACAAGCCAAUAAGCAGUUUGAGCUGGAGCCUUAGCAGACGGUGGUGGCUGAGUGCGUCAGAAGACCUGUCACUCCAAAUCUGGACUCACUGUAACUCAGAGCCUGCCAUUAUCAUGGGUGACAAAAUGUUCUCCAAACCCAUUAGAGGUGCUCAAUUUUAUUAUCUCGACAAAUUUGUACUUCUGGCAUCCGGGCCCUCUCUGUACCUGUACCUGUAUAACCUGGACAUCACGCGCGAUGACAUAAAAAGAUAUCAUCAACGGAGUGUCAGCAAAUUGGCUGGAUGCUUUACGACAACAUCAACAACAGACAUCACUGCCUUGUCUGCGAUCAAUGAUUUUUUUUCCCACAUUGUUUUGGUGUGUGGGUCAGAUCGGUCUAUUCAAGUAUUUGACAUGAACAAAGGUACAGUUGCCUCAGAGGUGCCUGAUGCCCACAGCAGAGCCAUCCACUGCAUCACACAGAACAAGGGAUCAGCGUUUAGCUCACAGGCUCCAGAUUCAUACAACCUCUUCCUGACCAGUGCUGUCACUGAUGGUAUGAAGAUUUGGGACCUUCGAACACUUAGGUGUGUACGGCGUUAUGAGAACCAUGUAAAUCGCUGCCAGCCCUGCUCUUCAGCCAUUUCGCCAUGUGGACGCUUCAUUGCCACUGGCUCUGAGGAUAACUGUGCCUAUGUGUAUGACAUCCGUAGCAGCAACUAUCUCCACAGAUUACAAAACCACUCAGACACUGUGCUUAAUGUGGCCUUCAACCCUGCUACACCACAGCUGCUAACUGGGACCCUGGAUGGGAAGCUCAGGCUGUUUAAGUCUAGCAGUGGCUCUUCUUUGUCCUGUGACACCAGCGCUGCCGUGCACAGUGUCCUCAACAAGACUGUGUAAUUACAGCUGGCCCCUGCAGAGCCCAUGCAGGUUUUAUUAAUGCAGUUCCAAGUGGGAUUUUCAUUGGGAAAGAAGAAUUUAAACGUUUUCUUUUUUUGCUCUUGGUUUAAUGAAAAACAGGUAGAGUUAUAUAAAAAAUGUGCUCUUGUGUGUUCUUCCUCAGUGCUUAGAAUUGUCAGUAGAAACCAGCUAUUUCAGAUCAUUCGUCUUUGUUAAACUUCCUGCCCAUGCUUCCAGUGCAUUUCUUAUUUAAAGGGAGCGCAGUGCUUUCUUUGAACUCAUUUAGCCGCAUUUUUGUGAUGCAAGAUUUAGUCAAUUAAACAUAAUAUCGCAAAAUUUGCCAAAAACAAUUAUUAUUAGCAGUUAUUCACAUCUGUUGCACAUUCUGAAUGGUCAAGCAUAACGUUUAGUUUGUUCAGUAUGUGGAACAGAUGUACUUCUUAUAUCGCUGGCUGUGACCUCCACUUAGCAGAUCAGCACGUAGAGCUAUGACAUCAACUGGGUGCAACCUCUUUGGCUGCCAGACACACAAAUGCUCCUACUGUUCAUACUGAUACACCCAUCUCCAUUGUUUGUGCUGGAUGUUUAGUCCUUUCUACCUUAGUCACAACAAACUGUCAGGUACUCUAAUACAUAGUAGAGGAUGUAAAGGCUCAAUGUGAAAUUUACAUUUGACAUGGUUACAUUGCUGAAGUUAAUGUGAGUGUGGCGUAUGAAUACACUGUUUCAUCCUGGUUGUGUGUAUUA